GGCAGUGUCAAUGGCGGCUUUUGCAAAAUAAGGCCAAGAGGAAGAUUUUUGAGUACGACCCUGUCGUGCCUUGAAUUAAAUAACCAUAGCUAUCGUUGCUAUUUCAAGAAGAAUUCAAGAUGUCAAGAAACAAACAUGCUGAGGUGGCCUCAUUCAGAUCUAAACUUGGAGCGACCCUUCAGUAUCUGGUGGACAAGAAGGAUGAGAGCCCACUGAGUGAAGGUGAAGGAUCAAGCAGUCAGCCUGAAGUGCAGGUCCGCCCAAUCUCUCCAGUUGGAUCCCCAAGGAAGCUUGGGGCCCGGGCACGGAAGAGGAAGAGGAAAGAUGAUGAAGACGGGGGAGACGGGGAUCCAUCACAUCAGAGCUACAUCAUGAAGCUGUUUGACCGGAGUGUGGACUUGGCCCAGUUUGAGGAGGCAACACCGCUGUAUCCUGUGUGUCGAGCCUGGAUGAAGAACCAGCCAAACAAUCGCAACCUGGGCCUCGGCCGCGGACGCCCGCCCACCCCGGAACCAGAUGCUGAGCUACAGUCUCAGGAUGAUGAUCCCGACAGAUUCCCGGACAUCUUUCUACUACCAGUGCCAGUUAAACAGGAAAUAACCGAUGAGUUUAAAGAUCCCAGAAUUCCCAGUCAACUGAUGGUGGAGGAGGCUCCCCUGGACAUCCAUGCGGAUCCUGACCAGGCUCCACCCCCAGAGCACCUGCUGCUGAAUCACAUGGCCCGAUGGAAGCGCAUCAGAAUGAAGUGGAAGGAACAAGCGUUCAAAAAUGAAUUGCGCUUCAACGACAGCUUAACAAUUCUCAAGGACAUGUUUGAAAGGCAGUGCAAAGAAGGAUGAAGCUGUGCAAAUGCAAUUAAUAUAUUAAUUUACAUUUUUUCAGUCUUCAAAACAGAAGUCAUACCAUUUACUUUCUGCUCUUCGAAUAUUGUCAAAUGCUCCUUAAGUCAGAUUUUACAUACUAUUUGUGGAGAGAUACAGUCUAAUGGUUUAAAUGUCCUCUCAAAAUAUGAAGAUGUUUCAAGAUGUUACUGCUUUCAUCCUCAGAAUGUCCUGUGUAAUUCUGAAAUGUGUUUUGUUUAUGAAUGCUGUUUGUAAAUAUUGCUUCAGAAAAA